CCACCGAAUUGGCAAGCCUGCUGGCCCAAGCCAUUUCAGCCGGAUUUUGAGACUGCCUGGACGCCGCCCGAAAAACACGCCAAUUAAAACUGAAGCUGGGAUCCGCUGUCCACAGAUUGGACGCCUUGCUCCGAUAUCGCCCCGUGACACGCCCCCGAGCGGCCGGAUUGAAGGCGGUGCCUGGUUGGCCAGCCCCUCCCCGGUGCCAUGUUUUACGCCCACUUUGUGCUGGCCAAAAAGGGUCCUUUGGCCCGGAUUUGGUUGGCCGCCCAUUGGGACAAGAAGCUGACCAAGGCCCACGUUUUCGACACGAACAUCGAGAAGUCGGUGGAUGGCAUCCUGCAACCCAAGGUCAAGAUGGCCUUGCGCACCUCGGGUCAUCUCCUGUUGGGCGUGGUGCGCAUCUACUCGCGCAAGGCCAAGUACCUGUUGGCCGAUUGCAAUGAGGCCUUUGUCAAGAUCAAGAUGGCCUUUCGUCCGGGCAUGGUGGACUUGCCGGAGGAACACCGAGAAGCGGCCGUCAACGCCAUCACUUUGCCGGAGAUGUUCCACGAUUUUGACACGGAAAUGCCGGAAAUGGGCGAGGAUGAGGCGGAUCUGAUGGGCGCCCAAUUCUCCAUGAACCAAACGCGGGCCGAGGAAAUCACCAUGCGCGAAGACUACGGCAACAUCAACCUCGACACGGCCGACGACAGUUUUGGCGAUUUGCCCAAUAUGCAUGACAGGGGACAGGGCGGGGGUGGAGGCGGAGGCGGCGGGGGCGGGGUCGAGGGUCGUGUUACGUACGUAUUAUGUACUNCCGUGGAUGCCUCGGCCAUUCGCGGCAUCGUGCGAUCCAAGCGCAAACGCAAGUUGGUGGUGGACGAGGUCAAGGCCAUUGCCGGCGAGGAGAUGAAGGCGCAGUUGUCGGACACGGGCGACAUUGUGACCACGCUGGAUCUGGCCCCGCCCACCAAACGUCUCAUGCAUUGGAAGGAAACGGGUGGGGUCGAGAAGCUGUUCGCGUUGCCCGGGCGACCCCUGAAUUGUAAGGACAUGUUCAAGGCCUACCAGGACCAUCUGACCAGUUCAGCCGCGCCCAAUGAGUUCUUCGACAUGUUGGGCGACUCUGAGCGCGAAAACAUGCAGCUGGAAUAUGUACCUGGUGAAGACGAGGAGCUCCCACCUCCUCGCAAGCCCGGGCGCCCGCCCAAACGCAAGAAGGAGGACGCCAGCGCCGAGGAGAAGACGCCCACCCCCAAGAAGUCGGCUCGCGCCUCCAGUCGCCUGCAGCGCCACUCCCGUGUCACCCCGCAGGCGGAACUGGAAGUGCCCGUGCCCACCCCGCAACCCGAACCCGUGGCCUCACCUGCCCCGGCCUCCGUCGCCCCGGCCACACCUGGUCCGGCCGAAACUGAGGAAGACACGCCCGUGCCCUCGGUGGCGCCCGCCACCCCUCACCCCGAACCCUUUCAAGAGCGGGCCGACGAAAUGGCCUCCUUGGCCAGUCAACAGACCGGCUUCGAUCAGUUCCCGCCCAAUACCCCCCAUCCACCGGCCGCCGAGACGGACUCCAACCCCGCCGCCACCGCCACCGCCACCGGCCCCGCCACCGCCGGUGCCAAUGCCAGCGGCGAAUUCGAAAACAUGGGCUACGACCAGACCAAUCCGCCCAUGUCCAACAUGGGCUGGGACGCCGAGCAACAGGGCGCGCCCACACCGGGCGGGGCCAUGUCCACGGGUGCGCCUACACCGUUCCACGAGUCCGAGUAUGACUACAAUCCGGCCUCGGUGGGCGCCACCAAGGAGGACGAGAUGCAGGAGAACGAGACCAUCGAGGAGUUCGAGGAUCGCGUGCUCAACAAACGCGCCGCUCACUUGAACACCAUCUUGAAAUCCCGUUUCGAAGAGCAAGAUCACAUGAAGUUUGCGGAUCUGCCCAUUCGCCGUCUGCGCAAAUCCAUGGCUCAAAACUUUUACUCGUUACUGGUGUUGCAAAAGGUCAUGGCCAUCGAGCUCCAGCAAGAGGUCCAGUUCACGGGCGAUAUUCACAUACGGAAAGGGCCUAAAUUCGAGACCGUAGUCUUAUAGGGUAGGGAGACCCUUGACGCCUCUUCAACUGAUCUCACUGCCACAAACACUAAAGUAAAAGGCUGGACAUGCCCCCUGGCCGUUUUCUCUCUCGCUCGCUCGCUCGCUCGCUCGCUCGCUCUGGCUGAGGUAUAAGAUCGACACGCCCCCUUCUCCGCCUUCAUGGUCGCGAUAGAAACACCAUGUUUAGCUCAUAAGCGUCUGGAUGUCCAUUUAAUCAACCAUCAAUGUACAAAAGUAACCCGGCUGCAUGAACCACUACCCACUACAUACAUAUAUCAAUAUAUACAUGAUGUAUUUCUUUGUGUGCGUGUACAUAAUCAUCAAGAUGCACAAGAUUGUCAAGAUUUUCCAUUCAUUAACAAUCCGCGACUCACCACUACCACUACCGAUACUACUACUACUCCGAUUAUGGCUAAUAUAACAUGAAGCAUUGGUGUUUUUUUUUUCCCUGUCGUGGACAUCCAUCCAUUUAUCAUGUUUUCGCAUCAUCCCCGUCAUUGUCACGAAAAGAACGACCUCCCAGUAUAUAGAAAGUAUAUCUGUUAAUGCUUGAUACAACGGAUGGAAAUAAAGAUAUAUUUAUUCA